AUGGCCUUGCCUAAAGGCAAUGGUGGGAUUCAGUUGUUUGGGCACAGAAAAUCCCCCUGUGCCCUAAAGGAGCAAAUGUCCAACAGCAGCUCCUUCAAUGAGUUCCUCCUCCGGGCAUUUGCGGACUCACGGGAGCUGCAGCUCUUGCACUUCUCGCUCUUCCUUGGUGUCUACCUGGCUGCCCUCCUAGGCAAUGGUCUCAUCAUCACAGCCAUAGCCUGCGACCACCAUCUCCACACCCCCAUACCCCUGCACUAUGGGACCCUCAUGGGCAGCAGAGCUUGUGUCAAAAUGGCAGCAGCUGCCUGGGGCACUGGUUUUCUCUAUGCUCUCCUGCACACUGCUAACACAUUUUCAAUACCACUCUGCCAAGGCAACACAGUGGACCAGUUCUUCUGUGAAAUCCCCCAGAUCCUCAAGCUCUCCUGUGCAGACGCCUACCUCAGGGAAGUUGGACUUAUUGUGGUUAGUGUUUUUUUAAUUUUUGGGUGUUUCGUUUUCAUUGUGGUGUCCUACGUGCAGAUCUUCACAGUUGUGCUGAGGAUCCCCUCUGAGCAGGGCCGGCACAAAGCCUUUUCCAUGUGCCUCCCGCACCUGGCCGUGGUCUCCCUGUUUGUCGGCACUCUCACAUUUGCCUACCUGAAGCCCCCCUCCAUCUCCUCGCCAGCUCUGGAACUGGUGGUGACUGUUCUGUAUUCGAUGGUGCCUCCA